AUGGUCAUCCUGAAAGUGUACGAAGCCAUCAUGAGCAGUGAGUUAUUGAACGAAAACCAACGUCUGCGGCGUAAGGUGGCAAAGCUCACCACCGAGAAUACAACCUUGCACAAGAAGCUCACCCCAGCGACGUUGCCGAGCGAAAGCCUUUUAGAACAAGGUCGGGCCAUCAAACGCAACUUCUCAAUGUUCGAGCCGGUCGAAGAGCUUCUCGCGGAGGGAGAUCGUAGGUUCAUGGCAGAUGCUGGCACCCAUAUUACUGUCGCAGCAGACCGCCUCAACCGAGGGCUUGACGAGCUCAGGCGCGUCAAUCCUAAAUUACUAGCAAGGCUUGAGUCGGCGGAUGAAGAGGAUUACAUCCUGUGGAUAGGACAGGGUCUGCAGACUCGGACGUAG